UUGUACGUCGAAACAUGUCAGAGAAAAUGUCACGUGUUGGGGGAAUGAACGGUUUUCACAGAGAUGAAAAGUUCAGUGAAAUGAACGGCGACAGCGUGAGUGGAACGGGUGGAAACAUUGUCACUGUUCUGAAUGAUGGGACGCUGGCACAUGCUCCGUUCAGCCCCAUUAAACUGAGAGCACGCAGGCAGUGCUGGAGUGUGCGAGUGUCUGAGAUGGCGAAGAACACACUCAAUCCUAUCCGCGCUAUCGUGGACAACAUGAAGUGCACCCCGAACCCUGACCAGCCCAUGAUCGCCCUGUCCAUUGGUGAUCCUACAGUAUUUGGAAACUUGCCGACAGAUGAAAGUGUGCUACAGGCUGUGAAGACAGCUGUAGAUUCACACAAAUACAGUGGCUAUGCCCCUGCAGUAGGUUACCAUAAGAGCAGAGAGGCUGUGGCGAACUUCUACAGCCAAUCAAGUGCUCCACUGAAAGCUGAUGAUGUGAUCCUGACCAGUGGAUGUAGCCAGGCUAUCGAGUUGGCCAUCAAUGUGUUGUGUAAUCCAGGAGACAACAUCCUGGUCCCUUGCCCUGGAUUCUCUCUCUACAAAACCCUAGCUGUGUCAAUGGGCAUCCAGGUCAAACUGUACAAAUUACUGCCAGAUAAGUUCUGGGAGAUUGAUCUCCAACACUUGGAGAGUAUGAUUGAUGAGAGGACAACCUGCCUGAUAAUCAACAACCCAUCCAACCCAUGUGGCUCUGUAUUUACCAAAGAACACCUGCAGAACAUCCUCUCAGUUGCCUCAAGACACUGUGUCCCUAUCCUAGCAGAUGAGAUCUACGGAGACAUGGUCUUUCCCAACUGUGAGUUUCAUUCCCUGGCUCCUCUCAGCAGUGAUGUACCCAUUCUGUCCUGUGGUGGUCUAGCUAAACGCUGGCUAGUUCCUGGAUGGAGGCUGGGCUGGAUCCUCAUCCACGAUCGAAAUAACAUCUUUGGUCCAGAGAUUCGAGAAGGUCUUGUGAAGCUUAGUCAGCGCAUUUUAGGAGCCUCUACAGUUAUCCAGGGGGCGCUAGAAAGCAUCUUUAAAAACACCCCCUCAGAGUUCUACCAAAGUACAAUCAACUUCAUAAAGUCAAAUGCAGAUCUGUGCUUCUCAGAGUUGUCCGCUAUUCCUGGUCUCAAUCCAGUAUUGCCGUCUGGAGCCAUGUACCUCAUGGUUGGAAUUGAAAUGGAGCACUUUCCAGAGUUCCAGGACGAUGUGGAGUUCACAGAGCGGCUAGUUACGGAACAGUCCGUGUUCUGCUUACCUGCCACGGCAUUUGAAUACCCAAACUUCUUCCGGAUUGUGCUGACAGCUCCAGAGGAAAUGAUGUUGCAAGCAUGUGAACGGAUCAGAGAAUUCUGUGCAUGCCACUACAAACCUCAAAUCUAACACAGCAAUGACCUGGACCAGUAA